AUGGGACUUUUUAAAAGGCAGAAGCCAACAAAUCAUUCAGUGCGAAGCGCCGAACAGCUCCCCGCGUCUCCACAUGUUGACAACCGGGGCUAUUCAACACCAUUUGAGUACAAUAAUCAAAAUCAGCAGCCUGUCCAGCCUGUCCAAUCUGUUCAGCCUACUCAUUCUCUGAGUCGAUCCCAAAGUCAACGAAAUUCUAAAAUUUUACGUGACCGACCGACCGUCAACAUUGUUUCAGACGAGCGUCGCGACAAGAAUGGUCUGUUAGCGCGACCAUCAUCAGGAAUUCUUGAGCGAAGCGUUUCUUUCAGGGGCAAGACCAUUUCCAAUCCAAUUUCGCAGCCUACAUCACCUCGACUAUCACAUCCAGAAACCCUGAACGAGACCGACGAGGGCCCGCAUAUCCAGCAUUCCUACUCGGAGAACCCCUCACCUGUCACCGCACCGCAAUUCUUUGAGUCGCGCGCUGCACCUCUGGCCUACCAACAGCAACACAGUAGCGGCCCCCGACCUUCUCACCCAGCUCACAAUAACUCCAGCCAAGCCAAACCAGCGAAACUAGCGGAACCAGCGAAACCCCCAGUUUACACACAGCCCCUCCCCUCACCGAUCCAGCGGCUCAACACCGAUUCAGCCCUGGAGCAAUACACCCCCUCGAACGAGAUUCCCGAAUCACCGCGAUACCAGGAUACACGUCGGAACUUCACUCCUGUUCAGGACCCGGUAUUGAACCUCCGGCCCCCAUCCCAGCAGACUCUCGAGCCGCUCUCCCCGUUACUGUCCGUUAAUCCUGACGCCAUGCAGUCCCAGGCACAGGCACCGGCCCAGCCCCAAUUUCAGUCAGACAAACAAUCUGCAGGUUCCCCGCAGCAGGACCGCAGCCGACCGGGUAGUGUGUCCAACAAUAUGCCCGAGAACGGACGGAGCACACCCACCAAUGCACACCGCCGUGAGGAUUCCGGGGAAAUCGACGUGCGGGCACUGAUUCAGAAACAUGAUGAACUUCAGGCCAAAUAUUCCAAGGUGAAAAGGUAUUACUUCGAAAAAGAUGCGCAGGUCCAACAUCUUCAAAACACCGUAGCGCACCAGCGGAUGGCGGUGUCGCGUACUGUUCUCGACGAUAAUGAAUACACCAAUCGCUUCCAGCGACUGGAUGGAGCGAUUAAAGAUCUCGCCUUCUCAGUGCGGAAAGACUGGCGCAGUAUUCCAUCCUGGCUACAAGGGAUGGUCACCGAUGAUGCACUUGCAGUCGGAACAAAGGAGAUGACCGCGGUCGGACGCGCAGUUAUUAGCCAAUGGCUAGUCCAAGAAGUCUUUCAGCGUCAUUUCCAUCCUGCACUGGAACCAGACUUCAGCGUCCGGCUGAAGAAAGUCGAAAUGAAUCUUCGCCGCCAACGCCCCUCAUCCGACGAAGACCGCGAAAAUGCCUCCGCAAGACUCUCCUACUGGCGGCGCACGACCUUCGAUGGCCUAAGCGACUCGCUAGUCGGCCAAGAAGCCGACGAGCACCGUGGCGAGCUAGUCGAGCAUCUAAUUGUCGAGCUAGCGGCCUUCAUGGGCUCCCAACUCCAUGACAACGCCCUCCCAGGCCUCGAAGCAAGCGUGCGCAUGAUUAUCGAAAACUCAAUCAAUAUCAUCGAGAAAAUCCCCCUCGAAGCACGCGACGUCUGCGUCGAUUACUUCCCCCCAGGCGUCUCCCUCACAGAACAAUACAUGAAAGUCGAAGGCCAAUUCCCAGCACUGAGCCACCCGCCCCCACCGCCAGAGACCGAACAAGAAGAGACACAAGAACCAGCUCCAGCAGCCAUCGAGACACCCUCGCCCGCGCAACAAAAACCCCGAAGAUCAAUGUUCGAAACGCUCUUUUCGGCGGGUCGCAAGCCUGCCACGGAUCCGGGCCGUCCAGCGCCCCCCGAAGAAAAGUCCGAUCCGGAGCCCAGCACGCCGCGCAUUCGCUUCGCGGCUUUCCUGGCCGUCGAGGUUCGCGGUAAAGGACCGGCUACGGUGUUGAUCAAGGCGCCUGUGUGGCUGGUUGAGUAG